GGCGGUUUACACGUGGCUGCAUGCACGGGUGCAUGGUCGCCAUCCAAAAGCGCGGAGACAAAUUCUGGAAGCCCAUUUGGGAGAGAGGGGUCCGACGGAGCCAAGAAAAAAAAAAGAGAGGAAAGCUUCUCCACAGCGUCGCCGUCACUAGAGCGUCAUGAUCUUCGUGGAGUGGUGGCCAGCGUAAAAACUAUUCUUCUUCUCCAGAGAUGAUUUGCUGAUAAGAAGAGAGCAAAGCAAAAGGAGAAGUAGUAGCUCGAAGAAGAACGAAGAAGAAGGGUGAUUGAUUUGGAUAAGGAAAUGAUACUCGUGGCGCUGCUGGUUCACUUGAUCGGCGACUACUUCGCGACGGUGGUGAGGCUCUUGAGUGAAUUGGUGAGAGAGGCUCCGCUGCCGAGCAGGAUCAGGAUCCUCAUCCUCCGGAGGCUUCGCUCGGUGUCAUAGAUCGAGCAAAGCGAGCUUUUUUACCUGGAAAAUGGGGGAUUGAAUCGAAAAAUUCUUCUUUGCUCGAUCGAUCUUCUCUCGGUUCUAUUCCAAAGUAAGAAAGAGCUCUCUCUGGAUAAGUAUGAAGGUCUUUAGAGUCGCGACGCUCAUCUUUAAUUUCCUUUGUUCUUCCUAAAACCCUAAAACCCCGAGACGGGGGAAUGGUCGCGCUCUCCAGAUCCGAGCUCGAUUACAUCGAAGGAGGCGUCAAGCACGACUUGCGAUCGGAUGGCCGCGGGCGCUACCACUUCCGCAAUCUCUCCAUCCAAGUGGGAAUCAUCCCCCAGGCCAAUGGCUCGGCUCGCGUUCGUCUUGGAGGCACGGACGUGAUUGUUAGCGUCAAGGCAGAGCUUGGAUCGCCUCGCAGCGGUCGACCAAACUAUGGCAGCAUUGAAGUUAUGGUGGAGUGCUCGGCUACCGCUGGACCCGAGUUUGAGGGACGAGGAGGAGAGGAUCUAAACAUGGAGCUUUCGCGAGCUUUGCAACGCUGCUUCGUUGGUGGACCAAGCGGUGCUGGAGCGGCGAUCGAUCUGAGCACGCUGGGAAUUGUCGCGUCCAAGUUUUGCUGGGAGCUCUUCGUCGACUGCCUAGUUGUAAAUUCGGAUGGGAAUCUUCUCGACGCUCUGUCCAUCGGUGUCAAGGCCGCCUUGAGCAACACUGGCAUUCCAAGCGUCAAAGUUACCGGAAACACAGCCUCGGAGGACGAUGCGGACCUGGAAGUUGGGGACAAUCCAGACGAGUUUGCUCGGCUCGACGCUUCCAAAGUGCCACUGAUCAUAACUCUCACCAAGAUUGGCCGGCACUACAUUGUGGACGCAACUCCGGAGGAAGAGAUGGGAAUGUCGUCGGCUGUGUCGGUGGCUGUGAACAGCAAAGGUUUGAUUCUCGGCUUGACGAAACGAGGUGACGGAGGUUUGGAUCCCAGCGUUGUCACGGACAUGAUCUCGGUGGCCAAGCACAUUGCACGGGACUUGAUAGUUUUGGUUGACACGGAGAUUGCUGCGGCCGAGCUAAGGGCCGCUGAGAACCAGUGAAGGAACCGAAUUCUUUUAUCUCUUCGUCUGUAUAUUUUAGUGUUUGGAUUUCA